GUGGCGAGCCUGCAAACCCAGCUAGCCGAGUUCCGAGCCCAGGCCGAACACUGGCAGGGUGUGGCCACCAUCUGUGAGCUGAGCAAACAGGAGGAACUGUCAGAGCUGCAGAAACAAUGUGAUCAGGAGAUCCAGUCUCUGCAGGAGGCUCUCAGAGAGACGGCAGCGCAGUAUGAAGCCAGGAUAGCUGUUCUCCAGGCUCAGCCUGUGGACUGGAGGAGAGGCAGCGGACAUGCCAUGAUUAACAGCAGAAGGGGCAGGGUAGAGGCUGAAAUCUCCUCUCAUGAACCUUCCGCGUCGGUCGCCAACAGCCUGACGACGGAGGAGGCGGCGGCGUCGCCGGACAGGACGCAGAGUCAAGCAGCGGAGCUGGAGGCGGCCGCCGAGGGGGAGGGAGCGCCGCUGUCCACGGAGGCGUAUUACUCUCUCCAGCACUGCGACUCAGCCUCGUUGUCCUCCUUCUCCUUGGACACUCCCUCUCUGCCCAGGAAACUCCUUGCUCAGGAAGACACCGACUCGCUGGUGUCCACAGGAACGCUGGUGCCCGAAGCCAUUUACCUGCCACCUGCUGGACACCGGCUCGUCACGCACAGUGACUGGGAUGCACUCAACACACAGCUGUCAGAGCUGCGGGGGGAAGUGAGCCGGCUGGAGGCGGAGAAGGAGGAUCUGGAGAAAGAACUGGAUACCCAGACCAAUCACACACACAAACAGGUGUCGGUGCUCCAGUCUCAGGUCCAUACUUCAGAGUCUCUCCUCCAGGAUUUGCAGAAAUCUUUCAGCCAGUCACAGAAUGCAGUCCAGAGCCGGCUGGCAGAGUUGUCCCUGUCUCAGCGGAAGAUGUGCAGCGAACUGUCCAGGCUGAAAGGAGAAGACGCUGAGGAGGACCUACCAGAAAACAGCUCUUCUUUCCCAGCAACGCUGCAUGGGGCGCAUUGUGAGGAGAGGCUUCGGAUUGAGAUCGUCAACCUGAGGGAGCAGCUGGACACCCGGACAGAGGAGAACGAAGUUUUAGAAGUUCAGCUUUCCACUCUGAGGACGGAGACGGAGAGGAUCCAGGCUCAGAAGGACCAGCUGCAGGCUGAGCUGCUGGCCUGCCGCACCGAGCUGGAAGCCCUGCGGGUGGCACUCACUCAUGUACAGAGCACCAACAAAGCCCUCAGCAGUGACAAAGCAUCUUUACACCAGCAGUGUCUGGAACUGCGUAGCCAAGUGAUCAGUCUGCGCUCUCAAGUGGACACCAGUCAGGCUGUACAGAGAGACUUCGUCCAGCUCUCCCAGUCGCUGCAGGUGAAGCUGGAGGUGAUUCGGCAGGCGGAGAGUCUGGAACAGGUCAAGGAAAUUCUGGAGGGAGGCCCCGAAGCUGCUUCCCAGCCUGUAGACGCCUCGUGA